UUUAUUUUUAGCUACCUGCCCGUUCACGGAGUACAAAGGUUGAAAACAAAGUAAAGUGCUGUUGCAACACAUCACUUCUUUUUAAUGCCCAGGAAACACACAACUACACAUAUGCUCUCUCAGAAAAAAUAGAAAGAUUCUGAACAUGAAAAUCCCUUGGCUAAUGAUCUGGAUUGGAGCACUAUUUUCCAAUCCAGUCAAGACUGACUGCAAUAUUACUUCUCUUUCUGUCACUUGUGAGGAAUCUGCAAAGAAUUACUCUUCUAUCCCUACCUCCCUAAGUAAAAAUGUUACUAAACUGUAUCUUAGCAAUAACAACAUUACUUUAAAUGAUACCGACAAAACGGUUCUGCAGCUAUUUAUUAACUUGACUGAACUCUAUCUGAAUGAAAAUGCCAUUACUGUGCUGCAUAAUAAUACCUUCUGCAAUCUGUCAAAACUCACAGUUCUAGAUAUUAGUAGUAAUUAUAUCAGUACAAUUGAACAGGCUGCAUUUAAAGGCCUAAAUCAACUAUCCAUAUUGUAUCUAAAUCAUAACAAAAUAUCCCAGUUGGAUUCUGACACAACUGCAUCGCUAAAAAACCUGAUGAUUUUGAGUCUACAGGAAAAUUUGUUGAAGUACUUUGAUGUAAAAGCAUCACUUAAACUGAUUACCUUAAAUGGAAAUCCAUGGAAUUGUUCCUGUGGCCUGCUCAGUUUACAGAAAUGGUUGAAUACCUCAAAUGUGACAAUGGAACAUGAAAAUGAUACUCUGUGUGCAUAUCCAGAUGUCUGGAACAAAUCGUCUAUCAAGACAGCACCUAUCCAAAAAUCUGAUUGUGACUCAAGAAGAGGUUCUAUAGCAAUCACUACACCUUCCACAUCUGCCAUCAGUCCUAAAAUCAUUUCCAUUUUAACAUCCUCUCUCAAUUCUUCAAACAACAAUAUUAGGAGCAAUGCAUCAUAUCCAGGUUCUCCACCUCUUGGCAAAAGUUGGGUCUUUCUGCUUGGUGUUCUGGUGUUUGUCCUAAGCUCUUCACUACUGAUUUUUAUUGCCAUAAAAUUCCCACUGUGGUACCUCUACUUGACCAGCUACAAUCACCGUCGUCUGAAAGAAUAUGAACCAGAAAUGUUUGAUAAGGAGUUCACAACUGAUCUGAGCACUUCUCCAUCAAUAUCAAAUACCAAUGAGCAAGAUUCCAUUGUAGUAUUUGAACAAACUCAUACAUUUGUACUUGACGAGGAUGGAUUUAUUGAGGACAAAUAUAUAGACGACCCUGGAUUAACUGAAGAGGUCUAAAUUCUUAUAUAAUGGAUGAUAAUUUGGCUUUUCAAUAGCUGAUUAUAUAGGAUCAAUCCAUUCAAAAUCUCGUAUAUAAAUAUUUCUAGUAUAUAUCACAGAUAGAACUCAAAGCCCUCAAUCUCUCUCUUUUGGACAAAUGUGUGGCACAUGUUGUAUUAACUGUAGAAGUAAGAAAUCUGGUGAUGUGCAUGUAUUACCACAGUAACAAAUAUUUCAAAGUACAUAAGCAUAUACUCCAUAUGUCUGACACUAAAAUCUCACUGUUUGAUUAUAAAUGGGGGCAAAUAACACCUACUUCUUAUAUAGUAUUUUCAUCAGUAGAUCUCAAAACACUUUACAAAGGUAGCAGCCAGGAACAGAGGAACAGAGUGGGGAAGUGACAUGCCAAUGUCACCCAGGAGGCCACUGGCAGAAGUGGGAAUUGAACCCAGGUCUCCUGAGUCUCAAUUCAACGCUCUAUCUACUAGGCAAAACUAAAAACAUUGAUUAGAGCACUUGGGAUUUUCCAGCUAAGCCAAACUCAGUUUUCUUUAUUCAUAAACAAAAAGUAUUUGUUUGAGUAAGCAAAAUAAAAAUGCUGUCUCACCUCCACCACUUGAAUGCAUCCAAGGACAAACUAUCAUUAUUAUAUACCAGCCACCUUUUUAUCUUCUGCCACUGUUGCCUGAUGUCUUUUUUGUUAACAUGUUAUGAAUAUUUGAAAACUGCCAAUGCAGUACAUAUUUUUCAUAACUUAAAGAAAACACUGAGACAGGUAAUGUUUAAAUUGCAGGUAGAUGAAUCUCUUCAAGAUUUUCAAAUAUGUUGUUGAAAUAUAGGAAAACAUUUUAUUUAAGGAAUAAUUUAUGGUAAAUGAGAAAAUAGACUUUUGUUUUUAAUAUUAGAAGAAAAAUGUAUUUUGCAUUAUUUCACAAAAGUGUUUAUAAAAUACAGUGGAUAGCAAAAUGC